AUGAGUUCUGCACCGAAUGGGCGCAAAAAGCGCCCCAGGUCCACCGGUUCGAUCUUCCAAAUCGGCAAAACGUCGCUGCACGGCAGGGACUGCGAAGGCCGAGACAGCAGCAGCACCGAGGGCGUCCCUAAGACCCAGAGACUAGCCCUGGAUGACUGCAAGAUGCUUGUCCAGGACUUCAACACCCAGGUGGCUCUGUAUCGGGAAUUGGUCAUUUCCAUUGGGGAUGUCUCAGUCAGUUGCCCAGCGUUACAUGCUGAAAUGCACAGAACACGUACCAAAGGAUGCGAGAUUGCCUAUCAGGCACACCAAAAGCUCUCUGCAAUCUCUGGGAGGGAGGGGCACUUUCCCAGAGGGCAACACGACAGGGAGCUUAGAAUCUCUGGGACGGAGACCUGUACAGCACCCAAGAGCCUUGACAGUAAACUAGAAGAGAGUUCAGAAGCUCCUAUUUUGGAAGAAACAUCAUCUUCACCAGUAGAAAUACAACAACAUUUAUGGCAGGUUUCCACAGAUAUUGAAAACACCGAGAGGGAUAUGAGAGAAAUGAAAAACCUUUUAAGUAAACUCAGGGAGACUAUGCCUUUACCAUUGAAAAAUCAAGAUGAUAGCAGCCUGCUAAACUUGACUCCUUAUCCAUUAGUGCGAAGACGGAAGAGAAGAUUCUUUGGAUUGUGCUGUCUUGUCUCCAGCUAAAUGUAUUUCAGAAGAGCAUAGAUGACUGCAGCCAACACAAAAUGUUCUUUAUUGGGAUCAGUUAAAAUCUCUUAAGUCAGUGUUUCUCAACCUCAGGAAUUUUAAGAUGAGUGUACUUCAACUCCCAAAAUUGGCUGGGGGAAUUCUGGAAAUUGAAAUCCACCCAUCUUAAAGUUCCUGAGAUUGAGAAACAGUGUUUGAAAAUGAUCAUGUGUGUUUUCUACAUGCCCCUUAUUAUAUUUCUCCCCUCCUUUUAAAAUAAUUUGUUGCUGACAAGAACCAAAUUCAGAAACCCAAGAAUAUUUUUAAACUUUUUUUGAUGGCAUACAGCAUGUCUACUUUAAAUCAUUCUGUGAUUAGAUGCAAAUAACCAACACAUGCAGAUUUUUUAUUUAGUGUACAAGCCACAACCAAUUAUGUACAGUGCAACAGUAUGAUUGUAGCUCUUGCUAGUAUGAUGUUAUGAACAUUUGAACAUAUUCUAUUAAGCAAUUUAAUCCAUAGAAAACUGUUUAGAAGAGCAAAAUUGUGCUUAAAUUCUAAAAUGCUAAAAUAAACAGAGCCAAUAUUGUACGAGAACAUACACACUCUCCUUUUGCUUUUUGUGCUCUCAUUCAUAUUUAGUCUUCCACUCUAUAACACAACUUAUACAAGAUCCUCAUAGUACAUUUGUUUAAUUUCUAAUACAUAAACAACAUAAUAUUGAUAUGUUGUUCCUGUAAAUAUGAGAUAAUAUCUACAUAUUGUAUAAUGCAUAAGAAUAGCUAUUUUACUUUUUUUAAAGAAAAACCUGAACAUGUUUAUGUUACCAACCUUAAGUAGAAAAUUUAAAAGAUGGUGUGGGAAACAAUAAAAUCCACUGAUGUGAAACAGAUUAUUCCAUUUUGUUUCCUGUAAAGGUUGAAGCAUGGUGUCAGAACAUCAAGUUAGUGUUAUUGCUUAUAGGGCAUGCCAGAAUAGCUCUAACUGUAAAAUA